AGCAGGAACUGGUAUACGUGCCGGGCUAACCCAGUUAGCAUUAGCUUCCUCCUGCCAAACCUGACCGGUCCGUGUAACUGGCUGUCCCGCAUCAUGUUCAGAGCCGCCGUCCGACUCUCGGUCUCCGGUGUACGGAGUUUAACCCGUACGCAACCACAAUGCCAAGUUCUUUUGGCCUCAAGGUGCUAUUCACAUGGGAAGCAGGAGACAGAUGAGGAGUUUGAUGCUCGCUGGGUCACCUAUUUUAACAAGCCAGACAUUGACGCAUGGGAGCUGAGAAAAGGGAUGAACACGUUGAUCGGGUAUGAUCUGGUACCUGAGCCAAAGAUUCUUGAGGCGGCACUGAGAGCCUGUCGGAGGUUAAACGACUUGGCCAGCGCUAUCCGAAUUUUGGAAGCCGUGAAGGAUAAAGCCGGCCCUCAUAAAGAUAUCUACCCCUACCUGAUCCAGGAGCUGCGGCCAACAUUAAACGAGCUCGGCAUCUCUACACCCGAAGAGCUCGGCAUCGACAAAAUCUAGCUGAGCAGAUCCAACGACAGUGAAUCUACCCAGGACACAGAACCCUUGUACUUAAAUGUUUGCCUCAUUUACUGUGUGUGAUAUUUAAUUUGGCCUUUAUUAUGUUCUUUUGCUUGUAAAAUAUUCAUGAACAUAAUAAAGGAGAAUUUAUCUUUGA